CGACUUCGCAGACAAUCCGUUCGGCCAGGUGAAAUCCGAACUUGACAUUCCCGACCCGUGAUGCAAUUGGUCACUGCGCCACGCCUAAUUGACUGAAAUGACAUCUCCAUGUCUCCCGCUGCAUGUUCCGCGUACUCCUGCCAUUAACGAAACUCCCUAGAGGUUUGGAUUCUGUAAAUUAGGUUAGGGUUUAUGCAGUAUUCAAGCUAAGAGUUAUGGUGACCGAUUGUUUCUGAGAAAGAAGGAAAGACAGACAAGUGCAAAGAAAGAUGAGAUCCUCGUCGGGAGGAUUCAGCAUCGCUGCCAGUACGCAGACGCUUGAUGUCGAUAAUCGAAUUUCUCUUCGUUAUUACUAUCGGAUCGCUGAUAAUCUCCUCAGACAGGCUGACAUCUUUCGAGAAGAGAAGAAUAUUAUAGAUCUGUAUGUUAUGCUUCUAAGAUUUUCAAGUUUGAUCACUGAAACUAUACCACGCCAUAAAGAUUUUAAGGUGUCUCUACAAAAUGAAAGGCUUUAUUUUAAGAAGAAAUUAAUGAAUGCUUUGAGUGAACUGGAGGCAUUGAAGCCAGUGGUUCAACAGAAGAUUGAAGAAUUGAACAGAAAUCAUAUGAAUCAAGUGGAUAGGUUUGACCACAAUGAUAUUUCUGAUUCUUCAGUUGAAUGGCCUCCUGUUAGGAAGAAAAUUCCAACAAAUUAUGGAACCAGAAAGACACAAGGACUGGUUGGACAAGAUUUCACAUAUCAGGCUUCAAGGACUCAUCAAUUUUCACAUGGAAGGCCAGUGGAUGAUCAAUUCCGCAAAUUGUCUUUAAGUUUUCCACGUCCGAAGGAGGAGACACUAUCAAGGCAUUCUUUUCUAGGUCCAAAUGGGCUUCGUGGCCAGUGGCAGCCACCUAGUAGCGUUCGAGGGGUUCAAUAUCCAAGCAAUUUAGACUUGACUCCAAUUGAAAUCCCAAGCCUGCAGCAUCCAGUGGAAGGUGGACCUAUGGAACAAAAGAACAGUGAUGAUUCAUCACUUGAAAGUUCCACUCUUGAAUCAGUCCUUUCACUGAGUGGUGAUAAUCAGUUGCUUCACAAUGAGGAACCUUGUUCGAUGAUUUCUUUGGAUAAAGUGGAAGUUCCAGUUAAUACAGAUGUUGUCAGGCAACCUUCUCCUCCACCUAUUCUUGCACAAGUACAAGAUUUGAUCCCUGUCACGUCUCCUCAAGUUACUGAGUCAGGACAUGGGGUGGAGAACUCAUUGAAAGAUGAUCUAGCUUGCCCCAAAGCUCCCCUUCAAUUGCACAUUUCAACUGCAAUGAUGGAAAACUUCAUGAGAUUAGCCAAGUCAAAUACCAAAAAGAACUUAGAAACGUGUGGUGUUCUUGCAGGUUCACUUAAAAACAGAAAAUUCUAUGUGACUGCUCUCAUAAUCCCAAAGCAGGAGUCAACAUCAGAUUCGUGUCAGACCACAAAUGAAGAAGAGAUAUUUGAUGUUCAGGACAAGCAGUCCCUGUUUCCUUUGGGUUGGAUUCAUACACAUCCUACACAGUCUUGUUUUAUGUCAUCAAUUGACCUUCACACUCAUUACUCGUAUCAGAUUAUGUUACCAGAAGCUAUUGCAAUUGUCAUGGCUCCGAGAGAUGGUUCAAGAACUCAUGGUAUCUUCCGGCUGACAACCCCGGGUGGCAUGUCAGUCAUAAGACAAUGCCAACAGCGUGGCUUCCAUCCACAUGAGCAGCCUCCAGAUGGUGGGCCCAUUUAUGAGCAUUGUACAGACGUAUAUAUGAACCCCAAUCUUAAGUUUGACGUCAUUGAUCUCCGGUAAUCACAAUUCCAACAUGUGUACAAGUAGUGAUCCACCCACCAUUUUAAAUUUAACUGUUCAUGUUUUUGUUGAGUUUCCUAUUAAUCAGCCAUUGGACAUGAGCAGACUAGCUGUAUUGUCCAUGUAUCUUUAAGAAUUUGUUAGCUAUAUCUGCAACUGUCCAAUAUUGCACACCACAGUUUCUUUCAAAGGAUUCACCACAAGCCAAUUCAUAAGAGCAAUUUGAUUCAUGGUCCUUUUCUUUGGUAUUUAAUUCCUGGUCCUUUCUCAUUCGCCUUGCUUAUCCUUUUCUAUAUUAUAUCGACACUCGUGUACAAUAUGCAUUACUCUGUCCUUUAUCAGUUAUGUAGACUGUAGUGUAAUUUCUCAUUCAAGUUCA